GCAGAGCUGCCCUGGGCGACUGGCAGGCCGCCAGAGAGGACGCCGGGCAGGCCCUGGGCAAGCCAGGGGGCCACCUCAAGAAGGCGCUCUUCCAGAAGGCGCGCGCGGAGAUGCGGCUGCAGCUGCCGGAGGCCGCCGCGGACACGCUGCGCCUGGCCGCCGAGCGCGGGCUCGGCGACGAG